AUGUAGCUUACAUCCUCAUGGUCACCUCAUGAUCUAACAUGGCUGCUAGAAUAUAAUUCAUCUUAUCUAUAUUCAUCUCACCUAUAUUCCAGGCAACAGAAAGAAGGAAGGGAAGGAGACUGGGGGGAGAAGGUGGACCACUAUGACACACUUCUUAGUUAAAUUAACUCCCUUUAAGCAGCCUCCCUGGAAGUCUAGGACAAUAUUUCAGACACUUUGGUUUAUGUCUUAUUGGCCAGAACUUAGUCAUGUGGCCUUAUCCAACUUUAAGGGAGACAUGGAAAUAUAGUUUAUUUGUGUUUGAUUUUUCUUUCCUUUUUAAAAAAUUUGAGAUAUAAUUUGCAUAAAGUGCAAUGCACAGAUCUCAUACAGUUUGAUAAGUUCUGACAGGUAUAUACCCAUGUAACCCACAUCCCUAGAAUUCCAUCACCCUCAGAAAUUCCCUCCUGCUGAGGGGGCAACCCAAAAGAGAGAAAUAGUGAAGGUUUAAUUAGGGUGGUGGCCAUGGGAACGGAAAAGAAAAAGCUGGAGAGGCCGUGGAGGGAGAAUCCAAAGGAGGUUGGUUGGAUGUGGGGGGUGAGAGAAGAAUCAAAGAGAAUGCUGAUAGCAGAACUAGGAACAGAGACAGGAAAUUGGGAGUGAAGUCUAGAUUGUUGCAGGUGGGAUGCAAGGAGAAAGAGGAAUGAGUAUGGUAUCGUGUGUGUUGAUUUGAGGUGGUCAAACAUCCAGCUGGAGAUACCCAGUACACAGUCACGUCUAGAGCUUGGGAGGGCAGUCAGCUCAAUGGCAUCAUGGACCAGAGAGAUGCUAAAGAGGACAAGGCCUAAGAAGUGACCCAAAAUAUGGUGACUGUGAGCUCACCCAUGACUUCUGAGGGAGCAGAAUCCAGAUACCCAAGGCCUGAGUGGGCAGUGAGGGCUUAAAUCAUGCAGAAGGGGAUUGGUAGGGUCACCUCGAAUAACUUAAAAACUCUUUUUAAAAACCGAAGCCCUUGCACACACAUAGAAGGGGUGUCUGUAGCUGCCCAUUUCACAAGUUUGUUGAUGAAAGGGGAAAGGAAAUGGUAAUGUAAGAGGAAAAGAUCAGGGAUUCACCCCAUCCUUAGAGUAAAAUAGCCCCGUGCUCAUUUCAGUUACUCUAAGGACACCCUGCCUCCUUUUGGUUGUAUGCCCUCCAGAGAUUAAGCUGAAGGGCUGGAUGUGGGAGAGGGAUACAACCUUUGACGACUGCUGGAAUGGGGUGAGCCAGGCAGCCAGACACUGCCAGGAUACGUGUGAGGACACAUGUAUCUUUAAGAGGAAAGAGCACAGCGCACACUGGCUGGACUCAGGUAGUCCUGGGUUUGAAUCCGGCCUCCGGCAACACUUAGCUAGAUGACCUUGAGCAAGUUACUUAACCUGAACACCCAGUUCAUCUGUAAAAUGGAAACAAUUAUGCCUGCCUAUCAAGGUGGUUUUGAGGAUUACAGACAAGUGUCUGGAACACAAUAGGUAGUCGUAAAUGGGCGCAAUUAAUGUGACCCGGUCCCUCGCUGUGGGACCGAACGGCUAACAGGUCAGAAUCGGCAACCGCGGAUCUCAGAGGGCAGGGAGAGCUCCCGCGGCCUCCUCCCGGCAGGAGGUGGGGACACGGCGGAGGAAGGGCCGCAGGAGGAGGAGCUGGCUCGCGUCGCGACCCGCCCCGUCCCGUCCAGUCUGGCCUGGGCGCUGAAGGAACUGCGGUCCUAGCAGCUGCCACCCACCAGGCUGUCCUGGGCGCCCCGUGCCUCCCCACCUCCAGUCAUGACCCUGCGCGCCUCGCUUCUCCCGCUCCGGCUGCUGCUGCUGCUGCUGCUGAGCGGGGCGGCGUGCCGGGCUGAGGCUGGGUUCGAAACCGAAAGUCCCGUCCGGACCCUCCAAGUGGAGACCCUGGUGGAGCCCCCGGAACCGUGUGCUGAGCCUGCUGCCUUUGGAGACACACUUCACAUACACUACUCGGGCAGCUUGGUAGAUGGACGCAUCUUUGACACGUCUCUGACCAGAGACCCUCUGGUUAUAGAACUUGGCCAAAAGCAGGUGAUACCAGGUCUGGAGCAGAGCCUUCUAGACAUGUGUGUAGGAGAGAAGCGAAGGGUAAUCAUUCCUUCUCACUUGGCCUAUGGAAAACGGGGAUUUCCACCGUCUAUCCCAGUUGGCAUGGCUUCUCACCACAUCUCCACUGUUCCUUUCAGCCUCCACCAGGGAAGAGAUGGCGAAGAUGAUCAUAGUCAAGUGAUUCAAAACAAAAUAAAAAACAACUUUUAAAAGCCAAGCCUACCCCCUAAUUUUAAAAGCCCUCACAGGCCACUGCUGAUACCUAUUUUUGAAGGCCUGAGACUGGACAGAUUUCCCAAGAUGCGUAUCUCUUGCUUUUGGUUAUAAGAAAUGUUCUGUUAGCUAAAAUGAGCUGUACUUCAGCGUAUUGGGAUAAAAGUUCUUAUCCUAGUUCCAGCUUAGGUGGAGACCCAGAGAGAGGGUCAGGGACUAAAGGGAAAUUCUUUCACCCAAAGCUCUGUUACCUUCUCAUUUCCAGCUCUGCCGUUUGCGUUGCUCCCCCAACUCACUCCUGUUCAUCCCUCCACUCCGUACUUCCUAAACCACAUGCUUUUUCCUCACCAGCCCUUAUGUUGAAAGACCCUUUUUUUUUUUUUAAACAAUCACAUUGAGUGUGCUUAUUGGUUGGUGAAAUUUUAAAAUCUAGUUUAAAUCCAAUUAAUUUUAGCCCUGCAAAGAUUCUAUCCAUGUGGCUGUUUAGAAAUGGAAUACAGUUAGUACAGAGGUUCUCUAACUUAUAAACGGACUUUAUAAGUACUUUUCACAGAAAGUUUUCCUGUCCUGUCAAAGAACUGUCAGUGAAUACAAGCCGCACUAGUGUAUUUGAGGUAAACGUGACUAUCACUAGAUAGCCUCCUCUGCCUCUGCCUUUGUUUAAGAGAACUCAGCCCCAGAUCUAAAUAGGCAUUUCUCCAAAGAAGACAUACUGAUGGCCAAGAGGCACAUGAAAAGCUGCUCAACAUCACUAAUUAUUAGAGAAAUGCACAUCAAAACUACAAUGAGGUAUCACCUCACACCAGUGAGAAUGGGCAUCAUCAGAAAAUCUACAAACAGUAAAUGCUGGAGAGGGUGUGGAGAAAAGGGAACCCUCUUGCACUGCUGGUGGGAAUGUAAAUUGAUACAGCCACUAUGGAGAACAGUAUGGAGGUUCCUUACAAAACUAAAAAUAGAUCUACCAUAUGACCCAGCAAUCCCACUGCUGGGCAUAUACCCAGAGAACACCAUAAUUCAAAAAGACACAUGCACUCCAAUGUUCAUGGCAGCACUAUUUACAGUAGCCAGGACAUGGAAGCAACCUAGAUGUCCAUCAACAGAUGAAUGGAUAAAGAAUAUGUGGUACAUAUAUACAAUGGAAUAUUACUCAGCUGUAAAAAGGAAUGAAACUGGGACAUUUGUAGAGACAUGGAUGGACCUAGAGACUCAUACAGAGUGAAGUGAAUCAGAAAGAGAAAAACAAAUAUCAUAUAUUAACACAUAUAUGCGGACUAUAGAAAAAUGGUACAAGUCAACUGGUUUGCAAGAGAGAAACAGAGACCCAGAUGUAGAGAACAAACAUAUGGACACCAAGUGGGGAAAGCGGGGAGGGUUGAGGGGGAAUGGGGAGAUUGCGAUUGCCAUAUAUACAUUACUAAUAAGAAAAAAAAUACCAAAUUGUACACUCUUAAAAAAAAAAGAGAAAGCCCCACAUUUAAAUCUUGCUAGCUUUAUAGUUGUUGCUGUGGUGUGGUCUGCCCUCCCUGUUUUCGUUCAGAUUCUGAGUCCUGGAUAAAAUGCACAGGGAUUCUAACCCUCACGUCCUCUCU